AUGUUUCCAUCUUAUAAUAAUAACAACAACAACAACAAUAAUAAUAGUAAUGAAAUGAUUAGUACCAUUCACCAAUCAAUUGGUCAUACUCUUUUAAAUCAAGGUCAUGGUUUAAUUCAAAAUAAUAUUAGUAAUAAUAAUAAUAAUAAUAAUAAUAAUAAUAAUAAUAAUAAUAAUAAUAAUAAUAAUAAUAAUAAUAAUAAUAGCAAUAAUAAUAGUAAUAAUAAUAAUAAUAUUGUUUCAAAUGAUUUAUUUUAUUUCGAUAAUUUAAAUAAUGCAAUGAUUCAUAAUAAUAUGAUCCAACAACAAAUUGCACAACAACAUUACCAACAUUAUUUAAAUAAUAAUAAUCCAAUAAUCGAUAAUAAUAAUAAUAUUAAUAAUACUACUAAUAAUAUUAAUAAUAAUAAUAACCACAAUCACAACAACAACAACAACAACAACAAUAAUAAUAAUAUCAACAACACAACCAUUACACCAAAUAAUGAUAUGAUUGCUGCUCCUGUAGUUAAAAAGAGAGCCAAAAGAGCUUGCUUGAACUGUAGAUCCUCAAAGGUUGCCUGUGAUCAUCAAAGACCAUGUGUUCGUUGUACAAAGAAUGGUACUGAAGAUACUUGCCGAGAUGUUCCAAGAAAACCAAAGGUUCCAACUAAAAGAAUUAAAAAAGAACCAGUAACACCUGCUCAAAAUGUCCCAUUCGUUCAACAAAGUAUUGCUCAAACCUUGAAUAUCCAAGGUUUACCAUUCACUCCAUCCUCAUCACCAUCAACACUCAUUCAAACACACCAUCAUCAUCAUCAUCACCAACAACAACAACAACAACAACAACAACAACAACAACAACAACAACAACAACAACAACAACAACAACAACAACAACAACAACAACAACAACAACAACAACAACAACAACAAAUAGUACCAAGAACCAGUGGUCCUAAAAAAUCAAAAGCCACCAUUCUUAACACUUCAUCAUCAUCACAACCACUCACAACAUUUGGAAAUUCUACACAAGAUCUUAUUUCAAUGGGUUUAAUUGGAAAUAAUAAUAAUAAUAAUAACAACAACAAUUUAGAUAAUAAUUUAAAUAUUAAUGCUGUUGCCAGUGUUCCAGCUGCCAUCAAUAAUGCUUUUAAAUUUGAUGGAUUUGGUGCUGCUACCAAUAGUGGUGAAUCCCCAUUCUUCUUCAGUCAACCAAAUACAACAUCCACUAAUAACUCAACCAAUAGCAACAACACAAUUACUACCACUACCACUAGCACUAUCACAACAACCGCUACUCCUAUCUCAUCAACCAGUGAUGAAUCAUCAACCACAACAAAAAAUACUGAAGGUGAUUUACUUUCAAAUAUUACAAAUUUGACAUCAUCAUCACCAGCAUCAUCACCAAAUAGUCCUUCAUCAGCAUCAUCAACACCACCAUUAAAUAAUUACACUGAUAAUUCAAGUCCAAAUAGUCCAGGUCAUUUGCCAUCAAUCUUAUCAGAAACAUUAUCAAAAUCAACUGAUGAGCUUAUUGCCGUUGGUAAUAGUAGUAGCAGUGGUAAUAAUAAUAACCUUCAAAACUCUUUGGAGAAUGUUUUCAAUAAUCUCUCUACUCUUAUCAAUAAUUCAACCACUUCGUUGCAAGAUCCAAUUAAUGUCGGUUCUCCAUCCACUCCAUUUGGAUGUUGUAUGAAAAGUCCAUUUUCAAUUGAUGGUAUCCCAGUAGAAGAUCCUUCAUCAACAAAUUCUCAAUUAAUUACCUCACCAAAUACUAUUAAAAAUAUUGAAGAUAAUGAAAAUAACGGUAUUUUAGAAAUUGUUAAACAUCAACAACAACAACAACUUCAACAACAACAGCAACAAGUUUUACCAAAUAUUUUAAUGUCUGAAUUAAAAAAGAUCCAUCAAUCAUUAGAAAGAAUUUCAACAUUCUUGCAAUUCCCAGCCAAUGUACCAAGAGGUGUUUACAAUCAUGCUCCACGUCAUCCAUUGGUUCCAGGUUCUUUAUUUGUACCACAAAAUAAUAUUGAGACGGUAAAUUAUCUUUAA